AUGGAAUUGCAUCAGGUACUUGAACGACUAGAAGGGGCUCACGCACAGAUUGAACGCGUUUCUGAAAUUUGCGGGGCCUCGUCUAUAUCAUAUGGAGUCCUUCAUUACGGUGAUGUUAUCUAUGCGAAAAGCGUGGGACUGAGAGACCAAGCGCAGCGUCUGCCGGCGGAUUCACAAACCAUUUAUCCGCUCGCGUCUGUAUCAAAGGGCUUUCUAGCAGCUGCCGUGGGAGUCCUGGUCGAUGAAGGCAAGCUUGAUUGGCAUGCCCCUAUCCGCACGUAUCUGCCGCAGUUCAACCCCGUUAAUGAUCGAGAUUUGGGACAAUAUGCCAACGUCAUUGAUCUGCUGAGCCAUGCUACCGGCCUAGCACAGCAUGACCUGCUCCAUAUUGGGCCACUUGGGUCAAUAAUCAGCGACUCGUCCAAGCUAAUUCAUUUGCUGAAUGCAUUGCCGACAUCCAACAGCCAUGGGUCAAGGUUUCGCCGGUGGUGGCUCUACAACAAUCAUGUCUCAGCACUGGCGAGUCAAGUGCUUGAGAGUGUCUCAGAAGGAACGCCCUACCCAGAAUUCCUAGAGCAACGCAUCCUACAUCCUUUACGCAUGUUCCGGACUUCCGUCUCCAUGAACAGAUUUUCUUCGGACUCAAACAUAGCCUUACCAUAUGCUCGCCUAUCCGAUGGUUCCUUCGCGAAACUGCCAUUCCCCGAAUACCUCCAAGAAACAACCCAUAUUCUUGCAAGUCAGGGGGUUACCAGCUGCGUCCAAGACCUACUGAUCUGGGCUAAAGCGACAUUGGAGCGUGAAUCGUGGGAGCAGCUCCAUGCUAAGGACAAGUCUGAUCAGCCUUUUUCCCCAAAC